GGAUCGAACGGCUGUCGAUCUCCCCUGCAAACCCUAACGCCGAGAGCGAACUCCCCACCGACCCUUUCGAUAAAGCUCGCAACCGUCACGCUUUGGUCUCCUCGCUCCCCGAAUCCAUCGUGAGAGAUCCCAAGAGGAGGUAGAUGGCGGCGGAGGGGCCGAAGGCGGUGGUCCCGGAGUCCGUUCUGAAGAAGAGGAAGAGGGAAGAGCAGUGGGCGCUGGCGAAGAAGCAGGAGCUCGACGCCAAGAAGAAGAAGGCGCGCGAGAACCGGAAGUUAAUCUUCGGCAGAGCCCAGCAGUACGCCAAGGAGUACGGAUCGCAGGAGAAGGAGUUGAUCCGUUUGAAGAGAGAGGCCAGGUUGAAGGGCGGGUUCUAUGUCAGCCCAGAAGCCAAGCUUCUGUUCAUCAUCCGCAUACGAGGUAUAAAUGCCAUGCACCCGAAAACCCGAAAGAUCUUGCAGCUCCUACGUCUGCGUCAGAUAUUCAAUGGCGUGUUUCUGAAGGUGAACAAGGCUACGAUGAACAUGUUGCAGCGUGUUGAGCCAUACGUGACAUAUGGGUAUCCUAAUCUCAAGAGUGUUAGGGAGUUAAUUUACAAGCGAGGGUAUGGGAAGUUGAACAAGCAGAGAAUUCCUUUGACCGACAACUCGAUCAUCGAGCAGGGCUUGGGGAAACAUGGUAUCAUCUGCAUUGAAGAUCUUGUUCACGAGGUUAUGACCGUUGGACCACACUUUAAGGAGGCAAAUAACUUUUUGUGGCCUUUCAAGUUGAAGGCACCAUUGGGUGGCCUGAAGAAAAAGAGGAAUCACUAUGUCGAGGGAGGUGAUGCUGGAAACCGUGAGGAUUACAUCAAUGAGCUUAUCAGAAGGAUGAAUUAGUUAUCUGAGGUUCACUUUAUCUCUUUUAUUAUGAGAGGAAAAAAGCAGUCGAACUUAGAUUUUUAUUUUAGUUGGAAUCAAGAGAAUUAAAAUCGUGCAAUUUUGUUGUUUCAAGUCUAGUUUUGGUGUGUUUAGUUCUCCUUGAUGAUGGUAGUAUUCAUAUUUGUUAUAGUAUUUUCAUUACUUCAAAUCAGAUGUCUAUGCCUCGUGUGGUGAAUUCUGAUGUUUGUCUUUCUCAAAUGCUCACGAGUUUGUGGUUUCAUUGUAUUAUUGCAUUGAUAACAAAGUUGAGCGAACAUCUUACAAUGUA